UGAACAAAUAUGUCGCUCUCUCUUCGUCACCGUGCACGAUAUCACCGCCGCCGUGAAUUCUUAGUUUUCCGACUAUAGUUUUUUUCCGGCGACGAAGAUUUAUCCAUCUAAAGGUUCUUAGAUCUAUUAUUUCUCAGUUAUACUCAAUUUCGUGAAAACAAGAACCCCCGAGACAGAGACGAAGAGACUCUGAGACUAGAUCCUCUGUUUCUGAGGACUUCGCUUAUCAGAUUCUUGUUUCCUUACCCAGCCGAGUUAAACCAACGGGUCAAUUCCGAUUAUUUCUCUCACAAGUCAAUCAAAAGGAUGUUAUGUUAGCUUUGCUCACUCAUCGAUUUCUCAGAAGUCCCAAAUGGACUUGUGGACUCUUCUUGCUUCAGAAUCAGUUCUCUAAUUACUCCAUUUAUGUAAAGUCAAGACCUUUUCUACAAGUUCCAUGUGAUUCAACUCAGAAGCAGAAUCUAUUUGCUUAUGAUGGUGUGUUUAAUAGACGUUACAUGAGUAAUUCAACUAUAGAGCUAAGAACAGAUGAUAAUGUGGUGAGGUUUGCUUUCAACAAUGUCAGUGGUGGUAACAGUGUUGUGCCUACAAGGCAAGAGAAGAAAUGGAGAAAGGCUAAAAUGUCAAAAAAGUCUAUAGUGAAUGAGUUGAGGUUUUAUCGUCUUAAGGCGAAAAAGAAGAUGAAUUCGCCGAAUCCUGAAGUUAGAAUUCGAUAUAAGCUUGAAAAGGCCAAGAGGAAAGAAGAAUGGUUGAUUGAGAAACUGAGGAAAUACGAUGUUCCGAAAUCACCAGCGGAGGUCUAUGAUCCAGAAAUUUUGACUGAAGAAGAGCAGCAUUACCUAAAACGUACAGGUGAGAAGAGAAAGAACUUUGUUCUUGUCGGGAGACGAGGAGUGUUUGGAGGCGUGGUUCUGAAUUUGCACCUUCACUGGAAAAAGCAUGAGACUGUUAAAGUUAUUUGCAAACCCUGCAACAAACCGGGGCAGGUUCAUGAGUAUGCAGAAGAGCUUGCUCGGUUGAGUAAAGGCAUUGUGAUUGAUGUCAAACCUAACAAUACCAUAGUUUUGUACCGUGGGAAAAAUUACGUGAGACCGGAAGUUAUGUCUCCUGUUGAUACCCUCUCUAAAGAUAAGGCUUUGGAGAAAUAUCGGUAUGAGCAAUCGCUUGAACAUACCAGUGAGUUCAUAGAGAAGCUGGAGAAAGAGCUUGAAGAGUACCAGAAGUAUGUUACUCGGCACAAGAAGAAGCGAGAUGAAGAAGCAGAUUCGAAGAACAAAGCAGUAUAAGUCUUCCUGUCUCUCUUUUCAGAGAUUUACUAGCCUCAAAAGUCCAAAUUUUCCUUGUCCUGAUUUGGUACAAAGAGUUUUGUACUCUGUCCAUGGGUUUGGUUUGACUAGACCAUGUUGUACCAACUGGCUGUAGGAUCAGACUAGAGAAGUCGAUGUAAGAUGUGUAGCCAAAACAUCCAAAUUGUGCGUUAGUUGGUAACUAACCGUGAUGACACGAUCAACGUUGGAUAAUCGUAAGCUAAAGUUGAUCACUUUUACUAAUUUAGUCUGUUUGUCUUAAACAUCAGUAUCACAAGUCAGUUUUUGUAUUUGAGAACCAAGUAUGGUCCAAUGGUUUCUUUGAA